AUGGCGCAAAAUCAGCAAAGGACGGAGGCAACCAUUAUGCAAUAUCAGCAAAGGACGGACUCCGAAAUGCAGGAUAUAAGGAAUCAGAUAAGUCAAAUGGCCACAACAAUCAACCGUUUGGAUUCCCAGAACCAAGGUAAAUUGCCAUCUCAGCCCGAAUUAAAUCCGAAAAAUGUGAGCGCAAUGACCCUAAGGAGCAGGAAAGAAAUUCAAGGGCCUGAACCUGUGAUUCCUAAGGAUAAGGAUGAGGAAAAGAUCGAGAAUGAGCUUGAGAGGGAGGCCAGCAAUGGUGCAGAUCCAAAGGUACUUCCUGACCCAAUAAUUACAGUUAAAACUAACCCGCCUCCUUUUCCUAGUAGGUUGGAAAAAUCGAAGAAGCAGGAGAAAGAGAAGGAGAUCUUGGAGGUUUUUCGCAAUGUGGAGAUAAAUAUCCCCCUCUUAGACGCCAUCAAGCAAGUACCAAAAUAUGCCAAAUUCUUAAGGGACUUGUGUGUUAACCGAAGGCGGUUGAGGGGAGAUGAAAGGAUUAUUGUUGGUGAGAAUGUGUCAGCGGUCCUGCAGAGAAAGCUUCCACCAAAGUGCGGGGACCCAAGUAUGUUCACUAUUCCCUGUAGGAUAGGUAAUACUGUGAUCAGGAGGGCCAUGUUGGAUCUGGGAGCAUCAAUUAAUGUCAUGCCUAAAUCCAUCUAUACUUCUUUAAAAUUAGAUCUAUUGAAGGAAACUGGAAUAAUCAUUCAAUUAACUAACCGAACUAAUGCAUAUCCUGAUGGGUUAGUUGAAGAUGUGUUGGUGAAAGUUAAUGAUUUGGUGUUUCCCGCUGAUUUUUAUGUAUUUGAUAUGGAUGAUGACCACUCCCCCGACCCCUCACCUUUGUUGUUAGGUAGACCCUUUAUGAGCACAGCACAAACGAAAAUUGAUGAAGUGUUUGAAACUGUUGGCAGGGAUGAGUUGGAGGUGGCUUUAACCAAGCACCUCGAGUUAGAGACAACUCCUAAGGUGGAGUGGAGUGAGGAUCUAAAAUGUACAAUAGGUGUAUUACACUCAUUGCAGACCACCACGAAAAGGUAUGAAAUCUUACCUAUUUUUACUCCCGAACCUCACCAGAGGGUGUUGCCAUCUGUGGUGCAGGCACCUGUACUGGAAUUGAAACCUCUGCCAGAGCACCUGAAAUAUGCAUAUCUGGGUGAUCAUGAGACACUCCCGGUGAUUAUCUCAUCGGCACUGUCAAAAACCCAGGAGUAG